AUGCCGGACGAUAAGACUGAUCCCAAAGCACGACGGCAUUACCUUUCCGGCUUUCCAUCUCUCGCAAACUUCAUCGCUAACGAUCGCGAUCGCACAACUUUGAUUUACAAGCGCUAUGACGAACUUGCUGCUAGGAACCUCCUCUAUCUACAAAGUGAGCUCGCAGAGCUCGACACCAAGCAACGCAAGUUCGACCAGGAGGAUCUUAUAGCUGAUAUGCCCACGAAGCAAUGCGCAAGACAUUUCGCGAAGUUCCAGGAGGAAGCGCAAGCCAACAACGCAAAGCAAAUAGAACGAUGGGAGCUGGUAAAGCAAAUUCGAGAGACUUUGAAAGAUUACCGAGAAGCAUUACUAUUCGAGAGCACAUUAGCAACACUUCCGAGACCGUCUAAAGGAGUUCUACGCGCCUUCCAAGCCGAGUUUUACAACCAGACUCAAGGCAAAGGCGAGCCUUUUCCUACCCUCGGUGGGCAUAGUGCCGGACUAUACGACGACAUCGACGAUCUAGUCGCAUUACGAGUCCAGGAGGACCAGGAUAGAUUGACGACGUUCGCGCAAGAGCAUUUAGCCUUCCUAUUUCCAGAUCGGAAGCGUUCCCGCCAUGGGAUAGCUUACGCUUCGGACCGAGCCAUUAGCUCUUUCGUAGCAUGGUUCAGCACUUUCUUAGCAGCGGUACUGUUGAUAGGCGCCAUUGUCGUGCUCUACAAAGUGACGUCGUCGGAUUGGAGAUUAGGGUUAAUUGCGGCAUUCACCACCUUAUUCGCUGGCAGCGUGGGUCUCUUGACGAAUGCACGAAGAGCAGAAUUGUUCGCGGCAACAGCAGCAUACGCAGCCGUCCUCGUAGUCUUCCACGGCGCCGCCUGGCUAAAAUGA